AUGAAGACCUCUCAUACACCCAACCUCCGAAGUUUAGAGUACAAUGUCCACGGCUGCUCGAACGCAUUUAAAACACUUGAAGAGGCGGUCAGAACUCACUUCAGGGUUCCGCUGCUGCCUAAUCUGAUAGAUGCUUACAUCGAGUUGAACGGUCCAGCGGAUCAGGUCAACUCUUUGGCAGAGGCUGCUCCGGCUCUAGACAGCCUCUGGCUGAGUUCCGUUUGCGGACUUCAAUCCGGCAUGCAAUUCAACAGCGUCAGAGUCUUAAUCUUAACCCAAGUAGAUUUGAAUCCUGCCGAGCUCAAGAAACUCCUGAGCGGUUUUCCUGGCCUCAAGAAGUUUUGGUUCACAUCAAGCUACCGCCCGAUGCGAAUGGGGGGCACGUCCCAGCUGUGCCGACCCCAAGAGGUGGUAGAUGCCCUCUGCGGUCUUAACCUGGGGGUCACAGAGCUGACGCUGCACUUCAAUUCUUGGGACUGCCAUGAGCCGAGCCAGGACUCUGAUAUCCCUCUGCCUGGUCUUCUUACCUCGAUUCAGGGGCUCGACAAACUGGAGGACCUGGAUUUUGACGGGAUGUGCUUCUGGGGUAGAGGCUAUUUCUUACAUGGAUCACCGACUUAUGAUCCUAAUGGCCCAUUUUAUGAAGAUUUGGAAGCAUUGCCGGAGAGGGUAUCGGAAAUCCUGCCGGAGCUGAGAGUGCUGGAGUGUGGACUGCGACAUGGAAAGAAGAUGCCACAGGAUAAGUUGCGGUACCUGACGGAACGCUUCACGGCCCAAGGAGUCAAGUUUCAAGACUCGGCAAAUAUUCAUUCGAGCGACGAUGAGGACAGUUAG